AUGACGCUCACUCACCCAACGCAAGAGUGGCAUUCCCUGCAAGACGUCUUUUACCGCCGCAAUCAAGUCUACUCGCUCUCUUGGGCGAUAGAUGAUCUGUCCAACUACAAACUGGCAGCUGCGCCAAACGGAGGACUGUUGGCUCUGGUCAGGGAUCCUGCCAAGCUCGUCGCAUUAGGCAAGGUUUCUAACCUGAGACCCAAAAUUCAGGUGUACACCUCGGCAGGGCAAUUGGUAGAGAGCAUUCCUGUGAGUGUACUCGAUCGAUGCUGGUCGUCGAGACGUUGGUGCUCGCUCGCAGCAAUUGACUCGCAGCCACACCGGUCGAACAGUGGAAUGCCUCAGACCGGAUCGUAGCGCUUGGAUUCACCGAGGAUGAGCAGCUGAUAGUGGUACUGGAGGAAGGAGCAGCUCGUCUGUACACCUUCUUUUCGCCCUGUCCAGCGCAAGACAAGCGUCCACUUCAGACUGACAGAAGAAGCGAGAACCAGUCCUACUCCUCCGCGUCGGGUCCAACCCCAACGGAGGUGACUGCCAGCUGUUACUACACGCAGUACAGUCUAGGCACGGAAGCGGUGGAAACUGGAAUCGAAGAUGCUCGAAUGUGGUCUCAAGGACUCGUCAUCAGGACUAGAGCAGGGAGAUUUGUCGAAUGGUCCUUUCCCUUCAAAGAGGGAGCUAGUGAAGGUGCUUGGUCCAAACGCACCCUUUCCAUUCCAGCGCCCAUCCUGUUGCCCUCGAUUCCGUCCGAGACGAGCACAAACUUCCAGGAUGUCAGUACUUCUAUGACUGUGGAAAGCCAAACAAGCGUCGGCGCGUGGGACAUCAUACCUUCCACAGUAUCGAACUCAGGCCUGGUUGAGGUGCUUUUGUCACCUACAUCAUCCGCUCAAGGAGGCACUCUGCUCUCCCUCGACUCGCUGAGCGGCAGUACAGAUCUUCGUCUCACUCGUGGACCUUUUCACACCAUCCGUCCAAGUCCCAAUGGAGCUCUGUUAGCGCUGCUUACGCACGACGAGAAGGUCUGGGUCGUCAGUUCUGACUUGCAACGCAGCCUUUCAGAGUAUGAUCUUGGAUCGUCUGAAGCUUUUGAGUCGAACAAAGGCAACGGACUUGGAGGAACGGGAGUGGAAGAUGUGAGAUGGUGCGGCAACAACUCAGUGGUGCUCAGUUCCGAAUCGGAAGUGGUGAUGGUGGGACCGUUUGGGGAAGUGCUGCGGUGAGCAUCUCACGGGAGCCUAUGUGUGCGGACACUAAGGGACAAUCCUUCUGACGUUGAUUCUCCAACAGCUUUCCUUAUCCUGGCGCGGUGCAUCUGAUACCCGAGACGGACGCAAUUCGCAUCAUAGGCAGCGACAGGCACGACUUUCUGCAAAAAGUACCGGAGGCAACGUCUUCGGUUUUUCAGCCUGGGAGUACUCACCCUGCCGCGCUACUAUUUGAUGCGUCGGAGCACUUUGCCGCGAAGAGUGCAAAGGCGGACGAAGGUGUUAGAGCCAUCAAGAAUCAACUCGCGGAAGCUGUCGAUACUUGUGUGGAAGCUGCGGCAUACGAGUGGGACCCUGCGUGGCAACGCAAGCUGCUUAGAGUGAGUGGUACAGCUAGCGAAAUGGGGUCUUUCAAGAGCAAACUAAGCUUUGUCAGCCUUUCUAUCCACCUUUACUCGUCCAGGCGGCUUCAUUUGGGAAGGCCUUCGUCGAUCUGUACGAUACGGCGCCAUUCGUAAAGCUAGCGAAGGCAUUGCGUAUUCUCAAUGCGGCCCGGCGGCACGAGAUUGGGGUGCCCAUCUCUUAUGACGAGUGAGCGCACGAACGAUCUCAAAGCGCAUAGCGCACCGCUGAGUCGACUCCGAUUUUGGCUGCAGAUACAAACAAAUAGGCGCCGCUGCUCUCAUUGCUCGUCUCACAGCUCGCAAUCACCACUUGCUCUGCCUUCGUGUGUCGGAGCAUCUGAACCUUCGACCGGAUCCGGUUCUCAAGCAUUGGGCUCAAGCCAAGAUCAUGAGAACAAGACCUGCUGUCGGAGCCAUAGCGAAUCAAGCUUUCUCGGCCGUGGACGAUGUGGUUUGCAAAGCCAUCGUGGAGAAGUUCGAGUCGCAACCUGCAGUCAGCUAUGCGGAGAUUGCUCAGACCGCUUGGGAUCAAGGUCGAACUAGACUCGCAACCAAGGUACGUGAUGUUCUUCAACUCUUCUCGCACUCUGUCACAUGGAGCACAAGCUGAGCCGCCCGCACGUACCCUUAGCUCCUUGACCACGAGCCGCGAGCUGUCGAUCAAGUGCCGCUCCUUCUCAACAUGCAAGAAGACAAGGCGGCUCUGAUCAAAGCCAUCGAAAGCGGAGACACGGACUUAGGUGAGCCUGUCCAGCAUGAGGACAUCCAGGCUGAAAGCGCACUGACACUACUCUCCGACUUGACAGUCUACCACGUCCUUCUGAGACUCAAAUCGCAGCUUUCGCGCGGAGACUUCUUCCGCAUUCUGCAAGCCCCGGCAGCGGAAGCGACGACUGCGGCAGUUGCUUCCAACAAGCCACCACCAUCCGCUACCGACCACAUACACCUUGCAGCAAAUCUGCUCGAGGUAUACGCUCGCAGCGAAGAUCAAGAGUUGCUGAGAGACUUCUAUUACCAGGAUGAUAGAAGGACAGACGGCGCUACGCUUAGCCUUGAAGAAGCUGUCGCAGAAGAUGAUUUGCAGGAACGCAUAUUCAAGAUCAAGGAAGCGCAAAGACUCUUUGGGGAGGACAAGGAUCGGUCGCUCGAAGCCAAGGUGAAUUUGUUCACGUGCGCGAGUGGAGGAUUGGCGCAAAGAUUUACUGACUCAUAGCGCCCUUUCGUCAUUCCUUCUGCAGCUUGCGGAGGAAGACGUACGUCUGCUUGGAUUCCAAGCUGCUAUGGAGAGAGAGGAGAACGGCCGGUCCACUUGGCUCGGAUGUAGUUUGGCUGAGACGAUCCGCCAGCUGCUGAUUCGAGGAGACAACAAACGUGCGGAAAAGCUUCGAAGCGAUUUCAAAUUGACGGACGCUAGAUUUGGAAGUAUCAAGGUUUCUGCUCUGAUUGUUCUGCGAGAUUGGGAAGGUCUGUGGAAUUUUGCGGGUGCGCGAAAGGCGCCUGCACUCGCUUUUGAGACUCUAUCGAGACUCGUCACGGCGGGAUACGUGAGGGAAAGUACGCGUUACGUGCCCCGCGUCAUGGCUGACAAGGUUGCCAGGAGCAAGCUCUCGUGAGUGGUAGAAGUGGGAUACUCAAACGUACCUUCUAGAGAGCACGCAAGCUGACAAUAGAGCGAGACCAUCUUCCUGUCCACAUGCUUCAGCUCUCUCAUACAGCGCUUGCCACAAAGCGCUGCGCAAGCCGUAGGAGAGGCCAUGGAUGCUGAACUGUGA